AUGUCCCACCUCAACUCUUGGGAGGACGACCCAGCAGCCCAGGAUGAAAACCUGGCGCGGCAGGCCCAGCAGCAACUGAACGUCGGCGGCGGUGGUGGUCGUGGCAACUUCCAUGUCGGCGCUGCUACGUUCCAGCCAGGUGCGGCUACCUUCAACCCUGGCCAAGCUUACGGAGGGGCACCCAGCUUCGUUCCUCAGUAUCAACAGCCACAGCAGCAGCAGCAAUACUACAACCAAGGAUAUGGAUUUCAACAGUAUGGCCAACAACAAACUGGCUUUGACCAGCACAACCAGGGAUAUGGUGGUUCUGGGUAUAACAGCCAGCAGGCUAGCUACCAACAGGGUGGCUACAACCAAAGCUAUGGUCAAUACAGUGGCGGCUAUCAGCAGCAGUCUUCUCGUGGUGGCGCCGUCGGCCAAUACGCUACCAGAGACACCCCGACGAUUGCAAAGCGGACCGAUUCAGCAGCAGGUACAGCCGCGUCAGCGACAGCAUCGACAAUUUCUCCGAAGCCAGCUGGAAACAUCGGAGCCAAGGUCUUGAGCAUUGGCGGCGACGCAGCAAAGCCGAAGGUGGCAAAGGUGCUUUCUAUUGGUACCCCAGCACCUGCAAAAGAAGAGUCGAAGAAGGAGGAGGCAGCCCCGAAGGUGGACAGCACUAGUGCUGAGGCUGGUGCGAAGAUCACGGCGGCCAAGGCCAUCGAGAAGACAACCGGCGACAAAGCAGGGGGUAGCGGAAAGACGUCUCCGUCUCCGUCUCCAUCAUCAGGUCGUUCCAGCCCUGCGCGGGCCGGCACGGAAAAGAUCACACGGGAUGUUGAUGCCGUGCAGAAAGAGCAGGCUGCAGAUGUGGACGAUGAUACUUUAAAGGAAAUUUAUGGAAAGGAGCACGUGAACAUCAUCUUUAUCGGUCACGUCGACGCUGGCAAGUCUACAUUGGGUGGGUCGAUUCUCUACGUCACAGGCAUGGUGGACCAGCGGACUAUGGACAAAUACAAGAGGGAGGCCAAAGAAAUGGGCCGGGAGACCUGGUAUUUGUCCUGGGCGCUAGAUCUUACAAACGAAGAGCGGACCAAGGGCAAAACUGUCGAGGUCGGUCGUGGCCAUUUUGAGACAGAUAAGCGUCGCUACAGCAUUCUCGAUGCGCCUGGCCACAAAACUUAUGUGCCAAGCAUGAUUGGCGGCGCCUCCCAGGCUGACGUCGGUAUUCUGGUUAUCUCUGCCCGGAAGGGAGAGUACGAGACCGGCUUUGAGAAGGGUGGACAGACGAGAGAGCAUGCUAUGCUUGCCAAGACGCAGGGUGUCAACAAGCUGAUCGUUGUGAUCAACAAGAUGGAUGACCCGACAGUCAACUGGUCGCAGGAUCGGUACAAGGAGUGCACAACGAAGCUGUCACAGUUCCUCAAGGGCACGGGCUACAACCUGAAGACGGACGUGUUCUUCAUGCCGAUUGCAGCACAGCAGACGACAAACAUCAAGGAUCGGAUACCUAAGGGUGUGGCAGACUGGUACAACGGGCCGUCUCUGCUGGAGUAUCUCGACAACAUGCAGACCCUGGAGCGCAAGCUGAACGCACCGUUUAUGAUGGCCAUCAACAGCAAGUACCGGGAUCUCGGUACCAUGGUGGAGGGCAAGAUCGAAGCAGGUGUAGUAAAGAAGGGCAUGGGUCUUAUCAUGAUGCCGAACAAACAGAACAUCGACGUGACAGCCGUCUAUGGCGAGACAGAGGACGAGAUGAGCAUUGCGCAGUGCGGCGACCAGGUGCGGCUGCGGUUGCGGGGCGUCGAGGAGGAGGACGUUCAGCCCGGCUUUGUGCUGUGCUCGCCGAAGCGGCUGGUGCACAACGUGAAAGCUUUCGAGGCGCAGGUGCGCAUUUUGGAGCUGAAGAGCAUUUUGACGGCCGGAUAUAACUGCGUGCUACACGUGCACUCGGCUAUCGAGGAGGUGACCUUCUCGGCCUUGUUGCACAAGCUGCAGAAAGGCACCGGUCGCAAGAGCAAGGUGCCGCCAUCGCACGCAAAGAAGGGCGAAAGUAUCAUUGCACGGCUAGAGGUGAUCGGGGGUGCUGGCUCGGUCUGUGUCGAGCGGUUUGAAGACUACCCACAGAUGGGACGUUUCACGCUUCGUGACCAGGGUCAAACAAUUGCCAUUGGCAAAAUCAUCAAGCUCAUCACGGACAGCUCCUAA